AUGUCAUCGCGCGCGCGUCGGCGACGUCCGCGCCGCGCACUCUCAAAGUCGUUAGGCCUCGCACUCGUGGCCUCGCGGGGAGGAGCGGGCUCGGUCGAGACGGAGAAGGUUGAACCGUGGUUGGUUCAGCACCAGAACGUGGAAGUGAACUUGAGAAGCGGAAAGGACGUCUACAUGAGUCGCUUCUUCGAGAUGCCAAAUAUGGACUCCGCCGCAGGAAUCACCGCCAUGACGGUCGUCAGGUCAGGCGAGGCCGAGAGGUACAUUCAUCAUGUUUCGUUGUUCGGCUGCGAUGAGGGAUUCGAGCCACCACGUUUGAACAUUUCCUUCCCGGACAAGUCGGAGCACGUGCUGGGCACUGGCUGCAGUCGAAAGAUACACACCUUCAACGUGAACACCCUGUUCUUCAAAUUUCCAGAGGGGUACAUGUAUUCCCUCGAUUCCAAGUACAUGAAGCUCACGGUGCACUACAAAGCUCUCCACGUCAGGGAGAUCGUUGUGGACAGUACAGGCGUUUUGACAGAGUUUGGCCGCUCCCUGAAGACCGUGCAGUACUUAGAGCUCGGCCCGAAGGCGAGAAAGAUGCUAUCGAUACCUCCGGGGUUGGCACGGUACGUCGUGGAGUCUCUUUGCCCGCCGGACGACAUGGCGGCGGCCAUGGGCCGCCUCUCACUGAACGAAAUCGAAGUCAUUGGAGCGCGGGCCCACAUGCAUCUCGCCGGUACCGCUUUCAAGGCGGAGGUGCUACACUCGAAUGGCUCUUCGACCCCUUUCGCAGUCCACAAGGUGUACAAUAUUGACGAAGAUCAGAGAUCGCGCUUCUUGAAGAGGAGCAUCGUAGUGUCGAAGGGCGAUGCGCUGAAGGUCACGUGCGUAUACAACACGCAAGGGCGGUCACAUCGAACCAUAUUGGGCUUCGACAUCAACGACGAGAUGUGCAUCGGCGGCAUACUGAUGUCUCCGCGACUGCCAUCAUUCCACGCCUGCUACCAUAUGGAGAAUAGGAGGCAAGGCGAGGGCAAGUGCACGGGCAUUAACGAACGCAAGCCGUUCACUGUGGUUGCCACGACUGACGUCCGCGGCCCAGAUGCGGGGGAGGCCAAAGCCGCCAUCUUCCACAGCAAGACUUCGGCCUGCUUGGGGAAAGUGCGAUGA